AUGAAUACGGACUACGCACUGUUGCUCAACACGGUGCUCAGCGAAAGUGGCUGUGCCGACGCAUCAUUACAGCACACAGCCGAGACGGUCCCCCUAGUCUACCGCACACUGGCAGAGCACAACUACUACCUCCUCUAUGUUGUUUCUGUUGUCAAGGCCCUCCUCCACGAGGACGAUGCGGCAUUCGCGCAUCUGGCUCGUGCACAGGCCCAGCGACAGCAGGCAGGCGCCGAGACCAUGUCGACACCCGCGCAGCCGCAGCUGUUGCCGGAUGUGACGAUUAGGUCUUCCUCUACUCUUCCACCCCUUGUGCCGUCCGACCGUCUUGAUAUGCAACUUACUAUCAUCGGUGGUGGCACACAUUGUGAACUGAUGUUGCGGCUGAUAUGCGGCUGUGGCGGUGGAACGGGGAUCUUCUCCAGUCCAGCUACUCGAGAUCCGCUCGUGCAUCCAUCGCACAUCACUGUCAUCACACGGCAACCAGAGCGUCUGGCGCCCUACGCGGAGCUGGGGGUGCACUGUCUUGCUCGUCAUCACGGCCGGCACGCAGUGGCGCAGAGCGAUGUUGUGGUACUGGCCUGCCCUCCAGCGCAGCUGCAGGAGGUGGUGCGAGACCUCUUUGCCUCGGCAGCGACAGAGACCACCACGAGCGCGGGCCUCACGGAAAAUAGGGCCGCGGUGACAGCGUCAUUGCCAUCGUUGCCCAACACAGCUGCUGCGAUACACUUGCUGCGACCGAAUACGGUGCUGUUAUCCUGCAUGGCCGGUGUGCCGGCGCGCAGGGUGACACAGGCGUUUCAGCACUCCCAUGUGAAUCUAACCUUCAUACCCUCACUCCACACGUUCGGCGCGCACGCCCCGAGCACCGCACCGUUGUGUGAUAGCGUCAAUGAGCCGUCUACCACCGCCUCCUCUUCUGCGUGUUCACUCCCGAAGGGGCCGCCUCUGCCAAUCGAUGUGGCGACGACCCCGGAGAAGUGCAACGAGGGCCUCAACGCACGUUCUCUUGAGGAGGCGGGGAGGUGCUUCACAGUCGCCAUGGCCGCGUACCGCAGUGCUCGAAUUGUUGAGAUGCGCUCCUCGUCGUCGUUUCUGCGUCCUGCAGUGCUCCAGCAGGCGGCUACAAGUGCUGCUGCUGAGGCGGCAACUCUCUGGCGGGAACCGCAGUUGCCUGGCGGUAGGUUGAAUCUGCCUGGCGCUGCUCCACCUCGACUUACCGACUUCACCGCCGGACGGCACCCUUCCACGUGGCCCACCCUUGUGGAGUAUGUCCAUCUGUGGCGCGUGCUGAAGGCCUACGUGCAGGCGACCUUUGCAGAGGAGGCGAUGAAGCUUGCGUGUGGGCGCGGCGGUGGUGGUGGUUGCCCACGGCGUCGCAGCAACACUGGGGUAGGUGGCAGCUACGGCGGUCUUGUGAGUGUUGUGUUGCCACACGCGGCAUCGAAGCACCACCGCAUGUCAGAACCUGGUGAGGUCGAGGCUGAGCUGCUGCCAGCCCUGGUGCUCCUACCGGCUGCGCAGACGAGGGUGUUGUGGGAUGCGUGGUGGGGCAACAGUGGGCACAGCGCUCUCACAGCCGGAGGCGACGCGGCGUUGUCGCUGCCGCCGUCCGUGACAGACGUGACAGGUGCGUGGCUGUCUCGCGUCUACACCAGUGCAGCUGCCCUCAAGGCCAGCCUUGAUGACCAGUUCGGUCAUGUUCUCGGCUCUCACACGCGGUGA